CCCUUCUCUUUCUCCAAGUUCAUGUGACUCCCCCGCAUCAAGCCAAACCAAAUUAGUGGCCCUCCAUCUCUCUCUCUCUCUCGACAACGCAGCAUCUUCAUUUGCCCCGCGACCGACUUUGAUUCGGGAGCUGCUCCGAGGGUCCGGACUCGGAUCUCUCCCUCCUCUUCCCUCCGUCGCGGGGGCUUCAGUGAGUACUUGAGACAAAUCUAAACAGAGAUGGUUCUUGAUGCAUUGUCAUCGCCUCACAGGAGGUCUCAGAACUCGGUUUUUCUGUCAUCUGCAACCAAGAAGCACGUAUCAGAUCACAGUGAGUUAGGUUCUUGUUCUACAAUUCUUGAGCGGCACAGGUUCCUCUUGACGAUGCUAGCUUUGUUGGCAUUCCUGUGCACCAUCUAUCUGUACUUUGCGAUUACCUUGGGUGCUACAGAUUCCUGUUCAGGGAUGUCAGGAGCCGACAAGGCACUCUGCCAGGCUAAAUCCUUGCAUAAGGGGAAAUUAAAAUUCUUCUGACCACAUUGCUGCUGGAGGAUGAAGUCCGGCUUGUGGAAGGCAAGCCCAAAAAGUCUUGGUGCCCCUCUUCCUUAGUUCUUCAUCACCAUUUAAGCAGAGCAGAUAAUGACCAUCAUACCAAUCACAAUUUUAGCCAUGAUGUUUGCUGCUAAAAAUAAAAACAAAUUAGUGAUUGUACUCUUUUUGGGAACCUGAUGUAUCUCCAUGAUAAUGAACUCGUCGGCGAGUAUUAGUCUUA